ACUUGCAAAAUUUGCCAACUAACUGAACCCCAAAACAAAUGGCUGGAACAUUUGAAAGAAAAACAUCCUGACCAAACUGAAUUGAUUGAAUUUGAAGAAUGGAAAUUAAAGAAAAAUCAAAAGAUCAAUGAAUAG